AUGGCACCGGCAUCGCCAGCAGUCACACGGAAGCGCAGUAGAGCGCUCCUUGUUGAUGAGGCACUGGAUGAGUUGUCGCCGCAAAAGGAAAAGUCCGGCACUCCAGGCUUAGGGAGCCUGAAGAGGAGAAAACUGAACACAAAGGCAUCUUCGUCUGGAAGUGAAGGCCGCUGGGGAUCGAUUGGGCAGAAAUUCUCCGGACUCUCGGGAUUGUUUGGCUUGGGCGAUGGGAACGGGAAGGAAACCCUCGACAACGCUGACGAUGUGGACGAAUUGGUGGGAGAUAGGGAUAUUUGGCAGGUUGAUUCAACGGAAAACGAAGCGAGCCCAAGAGUUAAGAAGUCUAACGGUGAGACAAAAAGCACCAGGGACACAACGAAUGUCAUGUCCCAGACUACGAAGCCACGAAGGCAACAGAACCUCAAAGCGAACGAACCGGAUAACGAUAUUUGGGAAGUUGAGGCCUCCGAAGAAGAUAUGGCAAGCAACAGUGGGGCUCAUAGGCACAGGGGGCGGGGUAAAAUCGAUCCCAAGAAAAGCAUGUUAGCACCAGCACCUAUGGCUAAAGGUCCGGACCCGAGCCUGAAGCGCCCGCGUGGCCGCCCGAGAAAGUCGGAUAUUUUAAGGAAAGCAAAGGCGGAUUCGAGGCAGGAAACACGACAACGGAUGGUUUCUCAAAAUUUAGAGGUAGCCGAUGCGCCGAAUGGGCGGGAAAGCGGCCGAACGAGUGAUGAAACCUCGCCACAGUCCGGUUCCGAGCUUGCGCCCUCAUCCAUUACUGCCAGGAGAAUAAGAGGGGAUAAGGAGGCUGGUACCCCUGGUCCAAUCCAACGAGCUCCAAAAGGCAUACUUACUCCCACCAAAAACAUGGGUAAGAGGUUGGGAAAGAGUGUGACCUUUGAGCAAAAAGGAGGAGAGUUGGAUCUAGGCUUCAAAGAUCUACCUAGCUCCGCAAACCGCAGAGAACAGAAAGCCAGUCUGGUAGUGAGUUCAAGCUUGGAUUCGCGGCGAACUCCAGAUAAUCAAGUUCAAUUCGCAGCAACUGGGUCAAACCAGUCUGCUCAAAGCACGGAAGACAUGUCUCGUACAGCAGCGGAGGAUGACUCUUCUGAUAGAUCCGAUGAGAUAGUCUGCCAAGCCUGUUCUGGGCUUCGUUCUAGGAAAGGAAAUCAAAUACUACUCUGCGACGGAUGCGAUUUUAGUGUCCAUCAAAAAUGCUACGGUGUACCUGUGAUUCCUGAAGGGGACUGGUACUGUAAGGAAUGCAGACCUAGUUCUGAAGCGGAGAUGGAGGUAGACAUGAUAAACGGGACAGGCAUUGCAACAGCUGAGAGCAAUAUCCCAGAUAUAGUAGGAUUAGAAGUUCAUUUAAAGAAGAUACAGCGAACCUUACUGGACCGGUUGACCGGCCAGAAACGCAUCAGGCUGCGUGGCCAUGAUGAGCAGAUGCAAAAGGUGCACCAAGUAGUAGAACAAACAGUUCUUGCUGGGGAAGGUAAUUCCAUGCUGGUCAUUGGAGGCAGAGGGUGUGGAAAGACUACACUUGUGGAGUCGGUUAUAUCCGAUAUUUCAACCGACCACCGAGAGAAAUUUCACGUUGUGAGACUGAAUGGAUUUAUUCAUACUGAUGAUAAAGUAGCGUUAAGGGAGAUCUGGAGGCAACUGGGCCGUGAGAUGGAUGUGGAGGGUGAUCUAGCCACCAAGACAAGCAAUCAUGCUGAUACUUUAGCAACCCUCUUGGCUCUCCUGUCCCACCCUUCAGAAAUAUCAGGAUCGAGUUCUGAGCAAAUUGCCAAGUCUGUAAUUUUUGUCCUUGAUGAAUUCGACCUGUUCACAACACAUGCGCGGCAGACUCUGCUGUAUAAUCUGUUUGACAUAGCACAAGCAAGAAAAGCUCCUAUUGCAGUCCUAGGCCUGACAACUCGUGUUGAUGUAGUCGAAAGUCUUGAGAAGAGAGUCAAGAGUCGCUUUAGCCAUCGAUACGUGUAUUUAUCGUUGGCCCGGAGUCUUCCCAUGUUUUGGGAAAUCUGCAAACAAGGUUUGACCGUUGACGCUGGCGAGGUUGAUGUGGAGCUUGGCCCAGAACAGCCUGGGCAGAAGGAGUUUCUCCUGUUCUGGAAUGCGAUGGUUGAUGAUCUCUACACAAACGAUGAUCAUUUUAAACAUUAUCUUCAGUCAUACUUCUAUCGGAACAAGUCGGUCCCUGCAUUCUUUGGCUCAUGCAUUCUUCCAAUUGCAAGUCUCUCACCAAGUAGCCUUCCUCUGGCGAGCAGGGCCUUUCUUUCCAGUGCAUUGUCAGUGUCACCGCCAGACUCCAAGCUUCAUAUCCUUCCGGGGCUUUCGGAAUUGGAGCUUGCUCUCCUUAUUGCUGCUGCGCGUCUUGACAUCAUCCUUGAUACUGAUACAUGCAACUUUGCAAUGGCAUACGACGAGUAUUGCUCCUUGACCUCUCGGCAUAAAAUACAAACAUCAAGCACCGGGGUCGCCGCUCUUGGCUCAAGUACAAAGGUUUGGGGGAAAGACGUCGCGUUAGGCGCAUGGGAGAAACUAGCGGCGUACGAGCUGCUGGUUCCUGCGGGCAUCGGUGGAGGUGGCGGACGAGACUUUGGGAUAGCAGGCCGCAUGAUGAAAGUGGACGUGGGGCUCGAGGAGAUAACGGGGAGCCUCGACGGGUUGGCUGGAGUCAUGGCCAAGUGGUGCAGAGAGAUAUAA